CGGCGGAGCACCGCGGGCCGGGGCGCAGCCACCCGCCGCUCCGACGCCCCCUCGCCCCUUUGCCAGCGCGGCCCCCGGCAGCCUCCCGCGUCCGUCCCCGGGCAGCAUGGUGAGGUUUGCCGCCGGGCCCUCGCCACCAUGUACGUGAGCUACCUCCUGGACAAGGACGUGAGCAUGUAUCCCAGCCCCGUGCGCCACUCCGGCGGCCUCAACCUGGCCCCGCAGAACUUCGUCAGCCCCCCGCAGUACCCGGACUACGGCGGCUACCACGUGGCGGCCGCCGCCGCCGCCGCCGCCGCCGCGAACUUGGACAGCGCGCAGUCCCCGGGGCCGUCCUGGCCGCCUGCGUACGGCGCCCCGCUCCGCGAGGACUGGAACGGCUUCGCGCCGGGGGGCGCGGCGGCCGCCGCCAACGCCGUGGCGCACGGCCUCAACGGGGGCUCUCCGGCCGCCGCCAUGGGCUACAGCAGCCCCGCCGACUACCACCCGCACCACCCCCCGCACCACCCCCCGCACCACCCGGCCGCCGCGCCCUCCUGCGCCUCGGGCUUGCUGCAGACGCUCAACCCCGGCGCGCCCGGGCCCGCCGUCCCCGCCGCCGCCGAGCAGCUGUCGCCCGGCGGCCAGCGGCGGAACCUGUGCGAGUGGAUGCGGAAGCCCGCGCAGCCGUCGCUCGGCAGCCAAGUGAAAACCAGGACGAAAGACAAAUACCGAGUCGUGUACACGGACCACCAGCGUUUGGAGCUGGAGAAGGAGUUUCACUACAGUCGCUACAUCACCAUCCGGCGGAAAGCCGAGCUGGCCGCCACGCUGGGGCUCUCCGAGAGGCAGGUUAAAAUUUGGUUUCAGAACCGCAGAGCGAAGGAACGGAAGAUCAACAAGAAGAAGCUGCAGCAGCCGCCGCCGUCCCAGCCGCAGGCUCCCCAGCCGCAGCCAGGUCCCCUGAGAAGCGUCCCGGAGCCCCUGAGUCCCGUGUCUUCCCUGCAGGGCUCGGUGCCUGGCCCUGUCCCUGGGGUUCUGGGGCCGACUGGGGGGGUGUUAAACCCCACUGUCACCCAGUGACCCACAGUGGCCUGCGGUAGCAGAGCAAUUCCAGGCUGAGCCGUGAGGAGCAUGGACUCUGCUAGAAUCCUCAGGAAAGACCCCUCCCCUCCCACCCACGACCGUUCACCAACCGACCUAGCCCUCCAAGGAAAAAUGGGGGCCUGGGGGAAAGACAGGUGCGGUUGGAGGCCUCAGGGAAGACGUUCUCCCAGAUUUUGACUUUUUCCAGUCUGACUCUUUCUGCCACUGAGGAGAUGGGAAAUGACCACCGGGGCUUCCUUUAGUACUCGGAGAAACACUGCCUGGACUGGCUAAACAGACCAGCCUUUCAGCCCCCUCCUCAGCUCUUUGCCUCCAAAAUCUGCAGGAUGCCUCUCUGGUUGGAGCUGAGGGGGGGGGGGGCGACUCAGGGGACCGCCAGGGAUGGAGCCAAGAUGGCUGCUGUCCACUCACUGCCCUCCAAGGACCCGCUGGCCCCUCUUGCCUCAAGGGCAGGCAAGGUUCAGACCGCAGAAGCCAGAGGCAGCUGAGCUGGAAACCUGGACCCACUGAAGAGUGCAGAACCCCCAGGUCUUUGUCUUUCUUCUCUUCCCUUCCCAGGCCAGCAAAGGCUUGGCUGGUGCAUGGGCAGUGUGUGGUGUGAGGGGGAGGUUACUGGACUCCAGGCCUGACGAGGGGGCCCCGAGACAGGGCCUUGUUUAGAAAGCCUGUCACCAGAGCUUCUCUGGGCUGAAUGUAUGUCAGUGCUAUAAAUGCCAGAGCCAACCUCGACUUCCUGUGAUUUUCACAAUCUUGGGGCUGAUGAAAAAGGGGAGUUUUUGUUGUUGCUGCUGUUUGGGUUAUUGGUCUGUGUAACAUCCAAGCCAGCAUUUUAAAAGCCUUCUGGAUCCAUGCGGAGAGAAGUGAUACGGUGAAGGGAAGUGUGUGUGUGGGGGGGUAUUUGGACACGGUUGAAUUUUUUUUUUCUAAAAAGAAAAAA